AUAUUUCUCAUAAUUAAUAUAAUGAAUCGAUGGUCUUCUGUGCCCGAUGUUACAGAAAUCAUUCUGAAUGAUCCUGUAGGCCCAGCAUUUAAUGGCAACGAAAUACAGAAUGCAUUGGAAGCAGCAUCGACGAAAGCUGAAAUGUGCCGUUAUAAAAAUUUCGACUUUUACUCGAAAAAAUGUGAAUUAGCAGAAUCGCAAAAUUUUUGUUUUAACAAAAUGAAAGAAGCUGCUAAGAAAGCAUUCGUUAUUGGCUUGCUUUCGGAAUGGGAAGAUGUCAUUUACAAAUUGACAAAUCGAUCGAAAGGACAUGAUAAAUAUACGGAUAUCCUCAAGAAGCACAUGCAAGACGCAAAGGAUCAAUAUUAUGAGACAAUGCACGAUAUGUCGAUACAUCAAAUAAUAGCUCUUAAAUGUGAAGAUGUAUGUAAUGAGAACUUGUCCACUAUUUCAUUGUACGAAAGGGAAAGAGAGUAUUCUAGUCGCACUGUGUUGGCUACAAACUUUUUAAGAAAUCGCUGCGCAAUCGCCAAACAAUAUUACUUGUCACAUCGACUUAUUAAAAACAUUGUAUUCAAAGCACAUCUUCUUCUACCAGAAAUAUUUUGCGACUUUGGACAUUAUCGCAAUCUUGAGUUUAUGGAUUUUGACAAAUUUCUUGCGUCAAUUGAAGCAAACUUAAAAAAAAGCGCACAUAUCAUUAUAACAUCAUAUUAUAAUGAAAUUGUACAGUCAUUUUGUCAACGUCGUUAUAUUCAGGAUGUACCGAAAAAUGCUUUAACACGCUUUUUCAAAUGUGCUACGACUCUUUUUGGUUUGCAAAUCGUCAAUCGAUCAAUUGAUACCAUCAAACAUUUGUUAAAUGUCCUUGCUGACCAAACAGCGAUGCCUUUAUUAAAGGCAAUUCCUUGAUAGAUGAACAGAAACCAUAGCUACUUACCACGGAGUAAGAGAAGAGGAGGACGAUUUCUGUGAAACCUUUGACUAUAUAAGUAUGGACUGGCAGUAGCUAACUUCAGACUAAGAUGUGUCGCGCCACCAUUGACCAAUUGAGAAAUUGAAGAACUAAAAUAACGUUAAGGCUGCGUUCAGAAACGUCACCCGAGUGUUCUUGGGUAUUAUUCUAUCCUUGUCUUACAUUCAACGAACAACGCUCUUUGGUCGAUGGAGCGGAGCCUAAAUCUCGGAGAUUAUGUUGGUUACGGAUUUCAGUACAGAAGUGAAUGGGAAAAGUGGGGCACGGCAGUUCAUACUUAUAUAGUCAAAGUGUGAAACAAAAGUGGUCCCAUUUUUAGACUCCUAAUUAGGAGUAUGUCCGCUGAAAAAAAUGGAUUCUUAUCUAUGGCUGCCAUUUGCAAUAAUUAACCUUACUUGAUCAGUCCGACUGUGUCUCUGUUUAUUUACCUGUGCAUUUGUAUUGUUAAAUCAUGUAUUGGAUACUACAAAAGGUGGAAAAAAGAUGCUUCCAAAAAGGAAAGCCUUUUACAACUUUUACAGCUUACAAGGAAAAAAUGUUCAAUAAUUGGUGUGAUAGUGCUGCAAAAGAUGUUAAACUUAAUACUUUUAGCAAAACAAGUCACAUCUGCGAGUUAUAUUUUCAGAAAAAUGACAU